AACUAGGAAAGAUGCUAAACCGAAUCCCAAAGGGAUUCAAUUUCCUUCUUCGAUCCGGCUUCCUUCUUCUGUCUCCAACAAAUGGGGAUACAGGUUCUGCACUCCUGCUGUUUGAGAGAAUGUCGGAGAGAAGCUGUGUAACUUGGAAUGAAAUGAUCCAUGGCUUUUGGAGAAAUGGCGAUGUAGUGAUGGCAAAGCUCUUCUUUGAUAAGGUUCCGAAUGAGCUGAGAAAUGUGGUGACGUGGACUGUGAUGGUCGAUGGUUAUGCCAGCAGUGGGGACAUGGAUACUGCAAGGGAAGUGUUUGAGGGGAUGCCGAGAAGGAACUUUUAUGCCUGGUCGUCGAUGAUAUCAGGGAAGCUUUGGGGGGGCUUUAAAAGAAUGCAAGAUGAAGGUUUCGAACCCGAUGAGGUUACAAUGGUCAGUGCUUUAUCGGCAUCUGCUCAGCUGGCUUCAUUGGACGUCGGCAAGGAAAUACACGAGAUGAUCAUUCAGAAGGGUGUUAAGCUGAACCGGUUUGUUCUGAAUGACAGAAAUAAUGACAGAAAGACAGAUCUGGAGAUUGAGAGAAAAUCAGAACUGAUCUUUGAAGGAAUGCCGCAUAAAAAUGAUGCUGCAUGGAACUCAAUGAUCUCUGCUUUUGCCAUUCAUGGACAGCCUAAGAAGGCUAUUGACUUUUUCACACGAAUGGUCAACUCUCCCGGUGUGACUCCUAACGAGAUAACAUUCCUUUCAGUUCUGACAGUGUGUGCGCAUGGUGGGUUCGUAGACGAAGGUAUGAAGAUUUUCUAUAAAAUGGAGACGAUGGGGUUGGUGGCAAACAUCAAGCACUAUGGUUGUUUAGUUGACCUUUUAGGAAGGGCUGGAAAACUAGAGGAGGCUCUUGAUUUGAUCAAGGUGAUGCCUCUGAGCCCAAACGACACGGUUUUGGGCUCUCUACUAGGGGCAUGCCGAACUCACUGCAACAUGGACAUGGCAGAACAUGUGCUUGAAGAGAUCAAAGAAAUGAACUGUAGGAGCCACUCUUGCGACGAUGUCCAUUAUGUGUCACUCUCCAACAUUUAUGCUGCCUCUGAACAGUGGGAAGAAGCCGAACACACGAGAUUUUCCUUGUCAAAUAAAGGGUCCGAAAAGCUGCCUGGGUGCAGUUCAGUCAUGCUUGAAGUCCCUAGCUCUGUUUGUUUUGAGUGACCUUUGCCACCAGGACGGAUCACAGCGCAAAGAAAGGAGAUUGGAGCUG